CUCUCUCUCUCUCUCUGCUCUGACUCAGACCCAAAUACCUCAAAUUUUUUCUCUUAAUUGCUUCAUUUGCUUCGUUUCAGAAACGCUUACCCACCACCGGAGUUUUUGGUGCAUUUAUAGUAUACAGAAAAACAAAGAUCCAGAGGCAUAACUCAUUGUUUCAAUAUGGAUUUUGGUUGGAGAAAGGGAAUUUUUUUCUCCUGCUUCUUCAGUUAUAAACAUUGAAGUAGCCCCCCCUCCCCCCCGGUUUCUUUUAUUUUUAGGCAUUUUCUGCAUGAGAAAAAUGGGAGUGGAGAAAGAAGGUUUAAAAAGUGGAGGAGGUUAUGUGGGCAGUUUCUUUCAACUGUUCGACUGGACUGCCAAAUCUCGGAAGAAGUUAUUCUCAAGCAAGUCAGAUUUACCUGAGCAUUCCAAACAAGGAAAGAAAAGCGACGGGAACAUGCCAAGGACACGACUCCAUUUGAUAGAUGAAGAUGAAACUAGAGCAGGGUCAAGUAUCAAAGGAAGUAGUGACUAUAGUUGUGCUUCAUCAGUUACAGAUGAAGAAGCAUAUGUAAGUAGGGCCCCUGGGGUAGUCGCCAGGCUCAUGGGAUUAGAAUCCUUACCCACAUCCAACUCUUCUGAGCCCUACUCUACCCCUUAUUUUGAUACUCAGUCUCUUCAAGAAGCUCAUUAUCACAGGUUUGAUUAUCAUCAUGAUCAUCAAAUCAUGUAUUCUGGAAAUCUGCUGAAUAAGGUAGAGGGCCCUGUGCGGAACUUUGUGGAGUCAAAACCCCCAAAGAUGCUAAGCAGGCCAAUUGAGAAGUUCCAAAGUGAAACUUUGCCUCCUAAAUCAGCUAAAUCAAUUCCAAUUACCCACCAUAAACUUUUGUCCCCUAUUAAGACUCCUGGCUUCGUUUCCACUAAGAAUGCUGCUCACAUAAUGGAAGCAGCUGCAAAAAUUAUUGAGUCUGGACCUCGAGCUGCUGCCAAGGCCAAAUUGCCUCUGGUAGGUUCUUCGUCAGUACACUUGAAAGUUCGGGAUCUCAAAGAAAAAGUGGAGGCUGCGCAGGAAGUGCCUAUGGUUGGGUCUUCUUCCAUAACCCUGAAAGUUCGAGACCUAAAAGAGAAAGUUGAAGCUGCUCAUAAAACUUCCAGGGUUGCUGAAGCUUCUCGAAGGCCAGUUGAGUCUACUGCUGCCAAGUAUCUUAACGGACAGUCUAUGAACAAAAGCUGGAAUGGAUCCAUAGAUACUCCUGAUAUAGAAGAAGGCUCUUCUGGUUUAACGAGUAGGACAAAGUCCAUUUCACUUGCAAUCCAAGCAAAGGUUAAUGUUCAGAGAAGGGAAGGGUUAAAUUCAAGUGUCAGUAGAAAUUUGGUAAGACAGAAAGAGCAGAGUGAGGUUAACAUAAGCCAGCCCUUCAAGAGCCAGCCUACUAUUCAUAAGAAUUUGCAUAAGAAAUCUUCUAUGCAUAAUGCCUCCGGAGUUUUAAGGCAGAAUAAUCAGAAACAAAAUUGCCUUAUGGACAAAGCCAAAUUGCCUUCAAAGCCUUUGGGUUCGAACUCACAGAAUAGAAAAAAGCCGUCUGGUGAUUCAUCUUUUGGGCGUCACAAAAGCUCAAGUAAAUCCACUGGGAACUCCAAACUUGGAUCCAGGAAGCUGGGUUUAGAGGAGGUAGAUGGUGAUAAAGAUGCAUGUUCUAGUACAAAGAAUUUCCCUAGGAAGAAACGAACAAUAGAUAGGGACUUUCACUUUGAGAAAAAUCGGAAUGCUGAUAAUGUGUUGAAUGACAAAAAUCAGAAGCCAGUUCAAUCUAAACCAGUUAUGGACAGGGACUUUAGUUGGGCUCAAGACAGCAGAAAGAAAGGCAUCGAUGUUGUUUCUUUUACAUUCACAGCUCCACUGACACGAUCAAUGCAUGGGUCUGACACCUCUUGUCAGGUUGCACAUAAAACUAAUGGUAAUUGCAUGAGAAACAACAUAGGGGCUGAUAGUAUGAGAUUAUCUUCACUGGGAUACAAUGUUAUAGGGGCUGAUUCUUUGAGUACGCUUUUGGAGCAAAAGUUAAGGGAAUUAACUUAUGGAGUUGGGUCUUCUCCCUGUGACUCCUUCAAAGUAGAGUCAGCUUCUAGUUCUCUGUCGAUUUUUCAAGAUCCGGUACCCCAUGUUGAUGUAGUUAGCUCCAAGCCAAUGCUACUUGAGAGGAGAGACCAAUAUGAAUUUGUUACAGAUAAAUUUGGUGGCUAUGACUCUGACUUCUCCUCCACUAAUCCAUCCACCUUCAGAUGGAAAAACAAGUUUCAGGGAGCGGAUGAGAUGGAUGAAUGUAGCAGCAAUCGUAUUGAAGCUGGACCGUUGCCCAAUUGCCGACAUCCUAGUCCAAUCUCUAUUCUAGAGCAUUCCUUUUCAACUGAAACUUGUGACUCUUCAGUUACCACUGAUAGUAACAGUACGGAAGGAAGCAAGUUGAGUUCAUCUGUUCAAGCUCUGGAGGUUCUUGGUUUAAGUUCUUCAAAGAAGUUCCAUUCAGUGGAAGCUGAUAUAGAAUUAUCAGAUUCGGCUUCUUCCACAUCUACUGGAGCAGUGGUGGAAAAAUAUUCGACCAGGUCAAUUUUGACAGGUCUUGUGAGAUCGACCAAGUGGGAAAUAGAAUAUGUGCAGGAGAUCCUGUGUAAUGUGGAAUCAAUGUUUGAGGACUUCGCAUUAGGUCGGGCCGGUGAGAUCAUAAACCCUCAUCUCUUUGAUCAGUUGGAAAGUCGAAAAAUACAGUGGGAAAGUGAUAGUGGCGAGUGUAGGCUAAGGCGGAAGGUAUUAUUCGAUUGUGUGAGCGAAUGCUUGGACUUGAGAAGCGGACGAUUUGUAGGUGGGGGAUAUGGAGCAUGGGUGAAAGGGGUAGCAAUGGUGAGAAGAAAGGAGUGGUUAGCAGAAGAAGUGUACAAGGAAAUUUCUGGUUGGAGAGAGUUGGGGGAUUGUAUGGUUGAUGAGCUUGUAGAUAAAGACAUGAGCAGCCAACAUGGAAGAUGGCUGGACUUCCAAUUAGAUGCAUUUGCAUUGGGGGUAGAGGUUGAGGAUGAAAUAUUCAAUUCUUUGGUUCAGGAGGUGGUUGCUGAUAUCUUGCAGCUUUAAUAUGCAUUUAGGCGUCAUUAUUUUUUUUACCACCGAUGUAAGUCUCAAGUUCUCAACAUGUGCUUUUUUUGGGGGGCAUAUUGUAUUGUCAGAAAAUCUUUAUAUAAUUCUUCAGUUCAUAGCUUCUUUUACUGCAUUC